ACGCCACUUGGUGGGCCGUCCACAUCCACAUCACAAACCCUUCUCCAACUCCAACUGCUCUCCUCUCAUCCCGGCAUCCCCUCAACCAAGUCUCUGGUGCCUCGGCAACAGCAGCAGCCUGCCCCCGGCCCCCGGGCGUGGUGUGGCGGCGCUUUCUCCUCUCCGGCACGGUGGCGGUGUCAUCCCGGCUCUUCCGAGCGGUUGCGGCGGCCGUCUCCUCUCCUGCGAUCCUCCUGCCGCGCACAGCCUGAAAAUUGUAGCUGAGGUUUGUUCGAGAACAAGCAACAACUUUGUGAGCCAUUCGCAUUAAAGGAGAAACUGUAGCCGAAGUAACAAACAGAAGGGCACAAUGGCACUAUCACGAAGUAUGAGAACAUGUUUGCAGAGUGGAAGGCUUGCCCUUCUUGCCAUAUUGGUCUCUAGUGGAAUUGUCUUGCAAAUCUUGGCUUGUGCUCUCUAUAACAACUGGUGGCCAAUGCUAACAGUUCUGAUGUAUCUUAUCCUACCAAUGCCCCUCAUAUUUUUCCUGGGUUCGGAUACUUCCUCAAUCAUGUCUAAUGGGGGAGACAGUUGGGUGAACUUCACAAAAUUCUUGACGGGCGCAUCAAUAGUGGGGAGCAUUGCCAUUCCGUCGAUCCUGAAGCACGCUGGCGUCAUUGGAUGGGGAGCCCUGACGAUGGAGCUAUCAUCCUUUGUGGUCUUUGGCGUGGCAAUCCUGUGGUUCAUCCAGAUGAACGGUGAAGAGGACGAGUACAGCGGUGUGUUCUAGACCAAACCUGCUCGUUCUCUUUCCAGCGUGAUACCUUUGCAAGGUAGUUGUGAACUCAGCUGUACAGCAACCUCGGACCUUAUUUAGUGAUACCACAUACCAAUACAUGUUUGGUCUGCAAUUUUUGUGCCUGACAUUCAGAAUUUUGUUUACGUGGGAUCUGAACUCUCACAAUAUUCCCUA